AUGAAAGAGCAUUAUAAGUUUUUCUGGACUGAGUUCAUUUUUGGACUUCUAUCUGUUCUUUUGAAACAGAAAAAACAUAAAACACAAUUACUUACUGAAAUCACAACCUUAGAGCAAAAUCCCACUCCAAACCAAACUGAAUUAGAGGCUAAGAAGAAAAAGUUAAGAGAAUUACAAGACCAGGAAAAACAACUAAGCGCUUCUUUACCACUAACUACUCAGAUUAGUAUUUUAGAAAGAGAAAUUAAGGAAUUAGAAAAUAAAUCUAUUAGAACUCAGGCGGAAGAAACAUUUUUAACUAGUAAAAAGAAAGAAUUAGAUAAAUUAUUGAAAAAACAGGAUAGUGCUAAUACUAAUAACACUCAACCAAGUGAUAAAACUGUUCUGGCUAUUGUAAAAGCCGGAAUUGACCUUGAUGCCAUGGCUCGCUUAUUUAGUCAGUUAGCCGAUACUGAUAAAGAAUUAGUUUUUAUUCCGAAACUAAAUGAACAAUAUGUUAAAGAUGUUGUUAAUCAUCUAUGUCAGCAUAAAGGAGCUGGGUUUGAGGAUGUCAAUAAUAGACCUCUACAGCCCAAUGCUGAUGAUUGUGGGGUUUAUUUGUUAGGAUUUACUAGAUUACUGAGUGAGAAGCCGGAGUUGUUAAAAAAGGGUGUUGGGGAGAUGGAUUCGCAAAAGGAAAGGAGUUAUUGGCGGGAUAAGCGACCAAAAGCCAGCGAAUUAGACGAUAUUUUAGGAAAUUGGAUUAAUAUAGGAAAUAAAGGUGGAAGUAAGCAUCAAACUACUAGUUUUGAUGAAAAUUCAGAAAUUUAUCGACAAUAUGAAAAAGCAGAAGAACAUAAUAAAACUUUACCUAAACAUUUCCCUGAUACUAAAUACGAGUUUCACCUUUCGGCAGUUUAUACCAGCUGCUUAUUAGAUUUCAAGAACUUACCACAGCCGCAAAAUAGUAAAGAAAUUAAUGAGAAUUUUUAUUCUAAACAAAUCGUUCAACUAUUACAAAAUCUUGAAAAACAACAGCAAGCCUUGGAGUUGGAAAUAAAAAAUAUUGAAAACAAAAUCAAACAGCCACUUACUGGUGAGCAAAAAGAUUUGGUAAGGGAAUUUAUUAAAGUUAGAAAAGAAGUAGCAGAAGAUAAAAAAGAUGAAACCGAAACUUGA